AAGGGGUUCAGAUUCCAAAUAAUUGGGUCCUGGUUUAAAAAUAAAAACAUCGGAAUGUUAAAACUUUGCAAGUUUUCAUGAAUGAAUUUUGUGAUUUACUUUCUUGUGCACUUAAUCAUAUUGAUGAUCUCCUUCUGUGCCCCCACACUUUCUCUUAAAUAUUCCAACUUCCAGAAUUCACAGCUAGGACCUAGGACAUGAAGGAGCUAUAGCAAAAAUGUAACCACAUAAUCGGUUAUUAGCAAUGGAUUGUUCUUUUAAUGCUGGCAUUUUUGUGUAUCGGUGCUGUGCUCAUUAGCUACUAGCUAGCUUUAAUGACAAAAAUGAUUCAAUCAAAAUUGCCAACUUAUAUAGCUAGCCAACUCAAGAAGUUUGUGAACAAUGUGCGUAGCUUUAUUUCUUUGGCAAUCCCACCCACUCUAUCCGUUCCUUCUUUUGAAUAACAGGGAUGAAUAUCACAAUAGGCCUACGAAGCCAGUGUCAUGGUGGGAAGGUUGUGAUAUAGUGGGAGGGAGGGACGAAAUAGCAAAGGGUACAUGGUUAGCUUGUUCCACACAAGGAAGGGUGGCUUUUCUGACCAAUGUUUUGGAGCUUCAUACACUCCCUGUGGCCAAAAGUCGAGGAGACCUACCCGUUCUGUUUCUCAAGAGCAACAAGCAUCCCAAAGAAUUUGCAGAAAGCCUGAAAACAGAGGCUCCAUGUUACAAUGGCUUCAACUUAAUCGUGGCCGAUGUUACAUCAAAAUCCAUGGUUUACAUCUCCAAUAGGCCCAAGGGACAACCUAUUACCAUUCAAGAGGUUCCGCCAGGGCUGCAUGUUCUUACAAAUGCAAAGUUAGAUUCGCCAUGGCAUAAGGCUCUGCGCCUUGAAUUCAGUUUUAGACAACAUGUUGCCAAAUAUGGGGAAGGUGAGAUACCUGUGCAGGAGGUAAUUCAGAAGCUAAUGAAGGACACAGUUAAAGCUGACAAAAAUUUACUACCUCGUAUAUGCUCACUUGAUUGGGAAUUCAAUCUUAGCUCCAUUUUUGUUGAAGUACAAACACCAAUGGGUCUAUAUGGUACUAGGAGUAGUGCUGCCUUAACCGUGAAAUCAAGUGGACAUGUAAGCUUUUAUGAACUUUAUCUCGAUGGCCACAUGUGGAAGGAGCAUGUUAUUGAUUUCCAUAUCCGAAAGUUGAAGUGGAUAGAGGCUAUAUAGAGAUUCAUGGAUGAAGUAACCUACGCAAGAGCAAUAAAAGAAAAAGAAAUAAUAGCUUGCUAGCUUUCUAUAAUGUAUUCCACUAGGAUAUAAACCCGUGCUAUGCACGGGGUCUUCAUAUGUAAUUUUUUGAGGUUUAUGAUUAAUAGAAUUUUAUAGAAACUAACUGUGCGUACGUUUAUAAAUAGGGGUAAUAUCACAAUUAUAUUAUGA